AGGAGUUGCUAUCGAUUGGCCUUGACUUAGCACGUGGGUGGGAGAAGUAUCAACACCCUCCAACUGAGAGCAAGGGAGGGGCGUGGCUAUGGGUAGCGGUUGAAGUGGUCACCCAGGGAGAGAGGGGGGAAUGCGGUACCUGAGGGGGAGCAGCAGAAGCAGCGUUGCGAGGCCUGUGUGUGCGCGCGCUGACAGGUGAGGGUGUACGUGGAACGCAUUUGGCGUGGGCGCACUAUUGGAAUAGGUGCACUUACAAGGGGAAGCAUCGGCAGGAGGGCAAAGUGAUACCUCCUUCUCCAUUGCAAUUGGAGGAUGCUGAUAAAAGAGCCGCACAGACAUCCGUACAAACUCUGUGACUGCUGACUGACCUGCUCUGGCUGCAGUGGUGGCUGCGCACCUCACAGAUACAAUAUGUCUUACUUUGGAGAACACUUCUGGGGGGAUAAAAAUUCUGGCUUUGCUGUUUUGUACCAUAAUAUGAAACAUGGACAGCUGUCCGUCAAAGAACUUGCAGACUUUGUGCGAGAAAGAGCAGCCAUUGAGGAAUCCUACUCAAAAUCCAUGCAGAAACUGUCCAAGAUGGUCACCAGUGGGAGCCAUUUAGGGACAUUUGCCCCAAUGUGGGAGAUGUUCAGAGUGUCUUCAGACAAGCUAGCUCUCUGCCACCUGGAACUGAGCAAGAAACUGCAUGAUCUUAUCAAAGAGAUCAGUCGGUAUGGUGACGAACAAAUCAAAAUGCACAAAAAGUCCAAAGAUGAGAUGUCCGGUACCCUGGAGGCCAUACAGCUGCUUCAGUGCAGUUCCCAGAUGCUGCAGAAAUCACGGGACAAUUACUGCACCAAAUUCUCUGAGCAGGAGCGCCUUAGGAGAGAGGGUUCACUGCAAAAAGAGUUAGAAAAGGCAGAACUAAAGACUAGAAAAGCAGCAGAGUCCCUGCGCUCUUCAGUUGAAAAGUACAAUGCAGUACGCAAAGAAUUUGAACAAAAGAUGUUGCAGUCCGCACAGACAUUCCAAGAUACGGAGUCCACUCAUCUUAGACACAUGAAGCGACUUGUCACUGCAUACUCUCACUCAGUGGAGGACACUCAUGUUCAGAUUGGACAGGUACAUGAGGAGUUUAAACACAACAUGGAAAAUGUGGCUGUAGAGAAACUGAUUAGAAGAUUUGCAGAAAGCAAUGGAACAGGAACAGAUAGGCCAGAGCCAGUUGAAUAUGAAGGUUUCCGAUUUCCUGCUUCUUUAGAAGGUGUAAAACGUACGUGGUCCAAACCUUUUCGUAUUCGUGGUCUGAGCAGAAAAGAGAAAGAAGCACAUCCUGUGGAAUCAUCAGAGUCAGACUGUGUGAAUCAUCCAGAUGUAGAUGAAGAAGGUUUUACUAUUCGACCAGAUGAUAAUUUGAACGGAAACUCUGUUCAGUGCUGUUCCUCAAGUGAUUCUGAUUUUGAUGAUGAUGGAGAAGAGCCACGACGUAUCAGGUUUCAAAUCAAACCCCCUCAGAGCAGGGAGAAUGUUGAAGACCAGGAGACAGAAAUGAAGCGCCUUAAGGAGUCUGUAGAAUGUAUUUUACAACCCCCCUCAGCAGUGGUAUCCAUUAGGCGUCACAACAUACGAACUGCAGCUGCUGUGGAUGUUUCUUCAGGAGACUCACAAACAUUAGAGAAAGCAGCUGAGAGUCUUUCCGAUACCCCUCCUUCUCUUACAAGCAGUUGUGAUACAAAUUCAGUGAAUCACCCCCAGUCAUUAUUCGGUCCUCUUCUUGAAUCUCUCUUUGAGUCUGAUGAUUUCACAGGGUGUCGGAACUGCACUCUCACUUCUAGUCCUUCUCCCUUCUCCUCCUCCUCUCCAGAGAAUGUGGAGGAUUCUGGAUUGGAUUCUCCUUUCCAUCCAUUCUCUGGGCCUUCCCCUGAUUCUCGCCCCUGGACUCCACGUGAUGAUUCCUCCACUGGUGACUCAGUUCUUGCUGCACAGUCUUGUUCAGAAUCUCCUUCAGAUUCUGAAAUUGCUCCAGUACCAGAACCAAAAGCAUUAGAAAACAGAAAUGCCUCUGAACAAAGACUUACAGCUCCCAGUAUUUCAGCAUCUGACUAUACCACAUUGAGCACUACAGAGCCAUCUUCUUGUGAAGCUGAUUCUUGGGACUCGUCGGGCUACAAUCUGUCUCUACCUCCACCCACAGCACCACGUCUUCAACGAAGCAGUAAUAUGGCUGCUUCACUUAAUCCUUCCUUGCUGACCCCAGGCAUUCACACUGACCGUGGCCUGUCCCCGUUUUCUUUAGGUGCUGGAACAUCCCUAGGAUUGUCCCGUGGACCCAGUCCUGUUGUUUUGGGGUCUCAGGAAUCACUCCCUGUGGCUGCUGCUUUUACAGAAUAUGUCCAUGCUGUGUUUGAAGGAGGGGCUCUUGAGGGCUCCAGUGUGCGGAUUUCAGGAGAACUCACCAUGUCCUUUCCAGCAGGCAUUCUCCGGGUGUUUGCAAGUACCACAACACCCCCUGUACUCAGCUUCCGAUUGAUCCACACUUCACACGUGGAACACUUUGCUCCCAACUCUGAGCUUUUGUAUAGUGACCUGUCCCAGAGUGACCCAAGCAGCAGGGACUUCUGGCUAAACAUGCCUGGACUGACCUCUUACCUGAAUAACAUGGCAGAACAGCACGCGGCUCCUUACUACAAUGUUACACUGCUCAAGUACCAGGUAUUGAAACCAGGCCUCUCUGCUGCUCCAUUAUACCUUAAAUCAUCUUGGAAGUGUGGUCCAUCCUCGACAGACCUUUGCUUGGAGUAUAGACAGAACAUUGCUUUUUUGUGUGAUGUGCAAAUUGUGUUGCCUCUGGACGAACCAUUUUCUAAAUUGCAGUCUGACCCUCCUGCCCGCUGUGCUGAAAGGAGAUUACACUGGCAGAUCCCACAUGAGUAUGCAGGGAGUGAACAUGAUGGUUGGGGGCGAAUCUGUGCCCGUUGGCAGCCCCUCCAUACACCGAACAGACCCACUCCUGCUGUGGCACAGUUUACUUCUGAGGGCAGCACUCUGUCUGGUGUAGACCUGGAACUGGUGGGCUCUGGAUACAGGAUGUCUCUGAUUAAGAAAAGAUUUGCAGCAGGUAAAUAUCUUGUGUGCUGAUUUGUCAUGUUUGCCUUGCACUAAUCGUCACCACUUGAACCUCCCCUGAAUUCCUGCCUCGUACAGGAAGCGGCAUAGAGCCACUUUGUGCUGGAUGACAAGACCAUCACUUGAGUAUUUCAGCCUUCCUAAAGGGAUUACAAAGGAAAAACGCUCACUUAUGGUUAAAGAAGAUGUUUCUUUGUAACUUUCCUAUUAUGAAAUAAGCACUUUAAGGUUUAAGAUAUUUAGACUCUGGAUGGUGAAGAAGCAGCAGUUAUUAAAAUCACAAAAGGCAAAAAAAACAAAACAAUUGAUUGCAAACACUGGAUUCCGCCUGCAGUAUGUUAGAAUGUUACAUUGGUCGUUGGCCAAGCAGGGAGAUUUCAAGCACUCGGUGCAUUGCUUAGAAAUUGAUUUUAUGAUACGGUAUGCACAGGGUCCCCAUCCAACUGACCGCUUUCAAUAUAUUUUUUUGAUAUUCUGCUUUGUUGAUUCUUGUUCUAAUAAGAUAUAUAAAUGAUGUUUGAUGCAGUAUGGUGAAUGUAGGGAGCUCACGUGGGCAUAAUUAAGUAUUAAGAAAUGUGUGAGUGUGUAGGACAGCACAGACACAUUUCUAGUAUGUACAGUUGUUUUUUUGUUUUUUUUUUUAAAAACAUGUACUGCCUUUACCCCUUUCAUAUUAUACCCUUUUUUGGCUUAGCUGAGGGCUUUUGAGUGUUGGACAAAGGUAAUAUAUAUUAUAAAUAAAUAAAUGUAUGUAUAUAUUUAUAGAUGUAUAUUGUGUGUACAGAAAAUAAAGUUUGGUGCUGUGAGAUGUC